AUGAGUUCAAAGGUACCGUCUCCUGAAAAAAAUGGCCAGAAUGGUGAUUUAGUUGUCAAUCAGAGUAAUAAAAGGAUUACUAUUCUCGGUCGCGACAUGAGUUACAAGGACCUUGUUAAUUUGGUUCAAUCAAGUCUCCAGAGUAGUACGUCGAUGGAUAUUGCGGUCGAAGUGUUGGAUAAAAAUAAAGCUGCUAAGCAGAACUCGGCAAAGGGGAAGACUUUUGAUGAAAUCGUCGAAAAACCGCUACCCCAAGGACGAAUGCUUGGUCACAUUGACAAUUUUAAUCAAUUCACUUGGGCUGGCCAUGGAGCGUUUUCGAUCGUUCUUAAAGCCAAGCAUAGAAUCGACCGAUCAAACUACGCCCUUAAGGUGAUUCCAAAUAUCUCAACCAUGAAUCAGCUGUUCGUGGCUUACAGAGAGGUGAAAUCGUUAACGAGGUUGAUUAAUCCGCACGUUGUUCGAUACUAUACCUGUUGGAUGGAGCCAAAUAGGAUUUCAGUUAACCAUGCUGAAUCGGAUAUAUAUGAUGAAAAAGGAUUUAUCAAUCUGAAUAAAAUUAUAAAGAGGUACAACCUAAAUGGCGAUGAAGGUACAACUGAUGAAUAUGAAUCAGAAGAAGAAGAAGAAGAGAGCGAGGUCCCAUCCUCAUACAGUUUCCAUGAAUUGGAAUUGGCUCUACCGGAUCGCCGUGCUCAAUUUACGAAUGAGUACUUAUCGAAAAAUCCUGUAUCUCUAAUCAUUCAAAUGGAGCUAUGCUCCUCAAAUCUCAAAGACUGGCUCACAUCUUGUCCAGAAGAAUUUAGGGAUGAUAAGCCACUAUCAUUGAAAGUUGAAUAUCGUAAACAAGUCCGCUGGCUAUUCGACCAGAUUGUUUUGGGUCUGAUUGCAAUUCACGAAAAUUCGAUUAUUCAUCGCGACAUUAAGCCCGUUAAUAUAUUCAUUCACGGGGUUGGAGAGGGGAAUGAUUUCUAUUUUGCCAGUGGCAAUUGCACGGCUUUCGGUAGUCCCCGUUGCAAAAAUGAGGCCUGCUACCACAGAUUGAUUGUCAAAAUCGGUGACUUUGGUCUUUCAAAAGUGCUUGAUGACUCAGUGCCUAACUUAGAGGAGGAGAAGAAACCCUUGGUAAAAGCAAGCAAAGGUAAUAAAGAAAUGCUAACUGCCAAUAUUGGGACGAUAUUUUACGUCGCUCCCGAAGUCAUUUCAUCCACUGGCGAUCGUUGGACGAAGUACAAUGAAAAGGCGGACAUUUACGCUCUUGGCGUAGUCUUGUUGCAAUUGCUUCAUUAUUGCAAAACUGAGAUGGAAAUGGUUCAGAUAACUGAAGAGGUCAAGUUACCGGAAUAUUUGUACAAACUUUGGCCGGUAGAGGCCGAACUUCUGGCGAAAAUGCUCUCGAAAGAUCCGACUAAUCGACCGAGUGCAUUAGAAAUCAAGACAAUUCUUUCAUCUACCUCUGAGAUUAUAAAUGUCGACUGCUUGGAGGUGAAAGAAUUGCGGGAAGAAGUCGAAUCUCUGAAGGAAAAAUUGGACGGACAGAGAAAGGAGGCUGAUAGAAUGAGAAAUCGAAUAGUUGAGUUGGAGAAGCUGGCCUAUAAAGACUAUAAUACAACUUUAUUCUAUUCAUAA